GACUCUGUCCCGCGCUGUCUAGAAGGCUGUGUGAUUCAUUGCGAUUAACCAUAUGGGUGAUGCGCUCCGGAACGGCUGAUCAUCCUCCCCUUGCAUCCCCCCCUUCUAGUUGCAAACAUGACGAAUCUCGCCACAUUUUAAGAUCGGAAGACGGUUCGCUCUUCUCCUCACGCCAACUGAGCGCCCAGCCAGGCACGUCUGCAACAUCAAAUCUCCCUCCUUGUUUCUGGCGGCGUAGGAGUUUCCCUAGAUCAUCUUGGCUGCGUUUGAAUCGGGAUUCACGACCAAUUUUUUUGCGAAUACUGGGCAUGGACAUAUCAUAUCACCGGUCAAGUGAUGAUGCGACUGCCAAUGAGUCUGUAUAGGAACUCAGGCCGGACAAAUCUUUUCCUCAGGAGAGCCCAACGCCCCCGAGUACGAGGUCAUACGUUGUAUCGUCAAGAACCACUUUUCGAGCCCUUUUUCUCAAUCGUCUUCCCUCUAGCAAGGGGUUGGACGACAGAUAUCGUCAUCAAGUCUGGAUCACGGAUGUUUUCUGCACUUAUAGCAUCUGCGUUUUGCCGAGACAGCAAAAGAGGUGAUUCGCCGCCUACCCUUGCUCAUGGCGACAUUGGGUGCUGGUCAGAACUGCAUCAUGCUCUUGUCACGAGCGCGCAUUGGGCUAUGAAGCUCUUACUGCGGGAAAGAGACCCACGAAUGCACGCCUCUCAACGAUGCUUUCGAGCUCGCGAUGAAAUGCGAAGUGAGAUAGAUCUCUUCUUUGUCACGUUCGCGAAGGAUGGACUGCCGUGGCACGGAAACAGGCACAAACCUCAGCACCGACCGUCAUCUAACGCAUUCAUUGUGACUGAUACGGCCCUCUCACAACGAGAGCAGCGCUUGGGUAUCUUCCAUGUGUCAUUUUUUGCCAUCGCCUCCGUGGCAAUGCCAGCAGAAAACGUGGAUAAAGGCGCGCUGUGCUUCCGUGCAGCUCCAGAUGGUUCCGGGAAGCCUUAACGGUUUUCGAUGACUGCUUUAGUCUCAUUACACCUGGUGAAAGGUCUGGGAGCGCAUGAGGUGCUGGAAAACGACCGACGUGUCAUUUAUUAUAUAGGCGAACCCGAAUGAUGUAGAGCACUUUCAGUAUCAUUGCAUCAUGGGUAAGCCGUCAAUCAGAACUC